GAUUGGGUCAUCGUAGGAGCUUCAAGAUGGCGGCGGCAGACACCUGCGGCGCGGGUACCCUCAGCUCCCGGUCUGUGGCGUCCGAGGCGGGUCAGGGCGGCACCUCUAGUUUCCAAAGGAAGAGCAAGGCCUCCGGAGGCCCCGGAGGGGGCCCUCGGCUGCUGUCCAUUGCUGGCACGCGACCGUCGGUGCGGAAUGGACAACUGCUGGUGUCAACCGGGCUCCCAGCCCUGGACCAGCUCUUAGGUGGAGGGUUAGCUGUUGGAACACUUCUUCUGAUUGAAGAGGAUAAAUAUAAUAUCUAUUCACCUUUGCUCUUCAAGUAUUUCAUGGCAGAAGGAAUCAUCAAUGGGCAUACUCUGUUGGUUGCAUCUGCCAAAGAAAAUCCUGCCAACAUUUUACAGGAACUCCCUGCACCACUACUUGAUGAUAAUAGUAAAAAGGAGCUUGAAGAUGUACACAGUGCUAAAACCCCAGAGCCUGAUGUCAACAUGAAGAUAGCCUGGCGGUACCAGUUACAACCCAAGAUGGAGGUUGGACCGGUCUCGUCUUCACGAUUUGGUCACUAUUAUGAUGUAUCAAAAAGGAUUCCUCAGGAGCUACUACAGAGUUCAAAGUGGCAUGGAUUCUUCCUUCCAGAACACAUCUCUCCAGAUCUUAAAGGAGAAUCCUGUUUUUUGUCCUGUGGCUACAUGAGGCUGCUUGAGUUCAUUCAGAAGAGCAUUUACGCUGAAGGAUUUGAUGGAGCUAAUCCCCAGAAAAAGCAGAAAAACAUUUUAAGAAUAGGAAUUCAGAACCUUGGCUCACCGUUAUGGGGAGAUGACAUUUGCUGUAAAGAAAACUGUGACAACAAUCAUAGGCUUACCAAGUUCCUUUACAUUCUCCGUGGUCUUCUAAGAUCCUCACUGUCAGCCUGCAUCAUCACGAUGCCAGCACAUCUUGUCCAGAAUAAAUCAAUUACUACUCGUGUGAGAAAUUUGUCAGAUACAGUAGUUGGUCUGGAAUCCUUUAUUGGUUCAGAGAGAGAGACCAACCCAUUGUAUAAGGAUUAUCAUGGUUUGAUCCAUGUACGGAAGAUUCCUCGGCUUAAUAACUUGACUUGUGAUGAAUCGGAUGUCAAAGACUUAGCUUUUAAGUUAAAAAGGAAGCUGUUCACCAUUGAGGUGAACGUAGUUGCUGACUGUCCCUGGGAGAACAUGGAGACUCCUCCAUAUGCUAGGGAAGAUCCUUCUAUUUGUGGCUCAGGACUUCAGCUAGCCCUGCAUGUAAUUAUGCUCUCCCUCUCCCCUCCUCUGUAUUUAUUUCAAUUUUUUUUUUUGUUUUGUUGAUGACACAGGAAUCAACUCUAGGGCCCCACACAUGCUGUGGAAGUGCUUUCCCAAAUCUACUUUGCCUAAGUUUUAAUAGCAUUAUUCCCAUAUUAUUCAACUUUUUAAUAAAGGAAUGGGCGGGUAAUACUUUCAGCCAUUAUAAAUACUGUUGUAGAAGUUUCACUGUGAACUUGAAAGCUAGAUUCAUUGUUUACAAUAUUAAUAUUUCCUAAAAUGUCCACUUCAUAUCUCCUAAUCACCAAAUAUCACUCAGUGGCUUCCUAUUAGUAGUAACAAGAUUUUGCUGUUUCUGGAACUUACCAAGGUUGUUCUUUCUGUUUUGUUGGUUGGCUGAUUUUUGGUGGUUUUGAGACAUAAUCUCACUAUGUAUCCCAGAUUUGCCUGAAACCCAUGGUGACCGUUCUGCCCCAACUCCCCCAGGCUGGGAUUACAGAAAAGCACUACCAUAACUGGUUUUCAGUACUUACAUAUUGUGGAUAAAUGGUAUACAAGAAAACACAUUUUAUGAUUUCAUAUGUAGAUUUAAUUACCCUUUUUUCCCACUAUUGGUAAAUGAAGUCUGGAUCCAUUGUACACAUCUUGAGUGGAAAAUUGAGGUUAAAUAAAGGUAUUUAAAUAUUAAAACUAUUCAUUUUUAAACCAUGUAGAGAUAAGACCAUGUAUAAAAUAGAAUCCGGACUAGGGAGAUUGCUCAGCAGUUAAGAGUAUUUAUUGCUCUUUUAGAAGACCCAUUUCAGUUUACCCACAUGGUGGUUUUUCAACUGCAUGUAAUUCCAGUUUCUCGGGCUUCAAUGCCUUCCCACUUCUGGACUCAUGGUCACCUGACACACGUAUGGCACACAUAUAAAUACAUGCAGGCAAAAUAUAUAUAAACCUAUUUUAAUAAACUAUAUUUUUGAAUUGUCCUCCAUAUUUGAAGAUUGAAAUUCAGAUGGCCUGACAGGUUAUCUCUGAGUUAGUUCUGCUGGGUCAUCAGAGCGGCACUCAAGUCACUUUAUUACUGCUUUCCCUUAUUUCAUGUGUGUGCAUUUUCAGGUCGGAGAUCAACAUCAGAUAGCUUUCUCUUAUCCUCUCCGCCUGAAUUUUGAGACAGUCUCUCACUGAAUCUGAAGCCCACUGAUUCAGAGAAACGCUGGCUGGCCAGCAAGCCCCAGAGAUCAUCCUCCUGUCUUCACCUUCCCAGCACAGGAAUUAAUCCAUAUAUGCUGCCAUGCCUGACUUUUUAUGUGGGUCCUAGGGAUCAAACCCAAGUCAUCAUGCAUGCCAAGCACUUUCGCCACUGAGCCAUCUCCCCACCUACCCUUUACCUCUAAUUAAAAUUAUUUAUUCCCUA